CGCAGAAAAUGGCAGAACUGGAGGAUGUGACGCUAGACGGGAGGCCGCUGGACAGCCUUCGGGUCACCGAUUUACGGGCGGCGCUUGAAGAGCGGGGAUUAGCUAAAAGCGGUCAAAAGAGCACACUGAUGAAGCGUCUAAAAGGGGCUUUAAUGUUGGAAAACCUGCAGAAACAGUCUACUCCUCACACUGGUUUCCAGCCAAACUCGCAGAUGGGGGAAGAAAUGGGACAAAACAGUUUCAUAAAGCAGUACCUGGAGAAACAGCAGGAGCUGCUCAGGCAGCGUCUACAGAAAGAAGCACGAGAGGCACAAGAAACAGAAGAAACUUUUGCAGAUUCUGAGGAUGAAAACAUGAACCCUGACAUAGUGCCAGAACCUCCUGAUAUUAUCUGUGAUGUUCUGAGAAUGCCAGAAGUAGAACUGGGAAAACAUACUCCUAAAAAAAGUCAUUCAGUUUUGGAAGACCCAAACGAAUCUGAAGAAGAGUUGCCCAAGAAGCGUGAGAGGAGGUCAUCUCGAGUAAAACAGACCAAAGUUUCUAAGCCAAGUGUAGUUACACAACCAGUGCAAGAACAAGAACCACGUAGGACAUCAGCACGUGCGCGUAAAUCUGCUGCAAGAGAAGAAGUAGAAGAGGUAGGUGAAGAAGGGGAGGAAGAAAUGGAAGAAGAAAAAGAGCCAGCAGUUGAGAAGGAUGAGGAAGAAACUCCAAAAAGAAGAAGAUCCUCCAGAACAACUGCUGCUGUUCAGCCCAAAAAGUCACCAAAAUUAAAACGAUCUCCUUCCCCGCCUGAGUUAUUAGAACCUGUUUCUAAAACAGCAACUCUUGAGGGAGAAGAGACUUCAGAAGAACGUGUUCCUCCAAUGCUAUCUCUUGAAGGUAUUCACCAACAAAUUUCUGAGAAGCAAGUGUCACCAGCGUCUGAAAAAAACACCUCUUCAAAGCUGCCCAUCAAAGAGAGCCCGAAGAGUCAUAGAUCACCACAGAAAUGGAGACGCCAGAGGGGAGAACGAAUUGACACUGGUACAGAUGCAGAAGUACCGCAGGCACCAGACAGUGUUAUUCAACAGACUACAUGCAGUGAAAGGGAAGAUGAAAAAAUGGAGAUUGUACAGCAGGGUGAAGACACUAAGUGUACCUCCACACACACAACAGGUGCUACUACUGCAAAGGAUGCAAAAGGAAGGGCAUCUUUGGUUUUGAUGAAGCCUCCGGUUCGUUCAAAAUUGGAAGGGAAAACAUCUGUGUGUACACAAAGUCUGCAGAUAGUGGAAAAGUUAUCAUCAAGGGGUGUUCAGGCUAUGUCCAUAUUAGAAAAACAAGUACCAGAUCCUUGUUCUAAAUUAAAAGACAGCCAGUCUUUGUCAAACUCUCCUGAAUUAGUAAAAUCAAGUGUUAAGUCAAAAUCUUUGCAUGAAAAAUCAGAUGCAAGUUCAUUGUUAGUUAGUGGUCCAAAUGAAUCUGCUUUUUCUCCUAGCUUACCUAGAACAAGAAGGUUAAGGAUUAGAACAUCAAGUGCACAACAAGACCAACCAGAAAAUGUACAAACUCCACCAGCAGUGGAUCUUCAGGAGAAAGCACAAGCACCAGUGAUGCUGAAUGAGCCACUGGAUAACGAGCAAGAAAGUGUUCUAAAAGUAUCUGAAUGUAAACAGACUGAGGUCCAACCAGAGAAGCAAACUGAAACAAGGCCACAUAGAACUGAAAUAGAAGUAAAAACAGAAGAGAUUAUUGACAGACCUCAAUUAGAUGAUUCAUUAGCAUCAGAGACAGAAGAAAAGGAAACCAGCAGCACCAACACUUUCAAUGUAAGUUCUGUCACAGAAAAUGUAUGUUGUUCAGUACCAUCAGAAUUGAAAGAGUCCUCCUUAAAUAUCAGACCUCAUACUGAAGAAAUCUCUUUGGUUAGGGAAGCCCCAGAAAUGGCUGUAGAAAACAAGGAAUCAUUGAGUACAGAAGAAACUUUGGACACACAAAAUAGCCCAGUGGUACAAGACUCUGCAAAUGUUGCAUCUGUAGAAGCCAUUGUUCCUGAAAUGGUCCCAGACACACAACAGUCCUUGCAUACACAAGAGGAGACCUCAGUGAAGCCAUAUAAAAAGCCACAAAGAGAUGACGAAUCAGAGUCUGAAACAGUGACAAAAGAUUGUCCUAUGAUUGUAGAUGAGGCAUUAGAAAACACUGAAGAUAUUUCAAUGACUCCAGUGCCCAUGUCACCAACUAAACAAGAACCUAUAACUAUAGAUGAAACUGCACAGGCUGCCAUGAGUAUAGAGGAGUCCCUUAACAUUUUAACAGCUGAGGAUGUAAGAAUGGAUGCCAACCAGGAAGACACUGGACCAUUGACUGAAGUUGAAACUGCAUCCUCAUCAGCAUUAUCAUCAUGUAGUAACUCGGAUGCAGUAUUGGAAAAUUCUGUAGAACAACAAUCAGAUAAUGUCUCUCCGCAACAAGGUCAAGAAGCAACAGUCACCAAUAAGAUUUCCCAUGAAUCUGAAAUAUCACAGCAGGACAGUGUUAUGGACCUAGAAGUCACUGAAAAUAAUGUGAGUUACAGGGAUUUACCAGUUAAUUCAGACAGAGAAAAUCCUACCGGUCCCUCAAAACCUGAUAUGCAGGACAAUAAUGUUGAUGAAUCUGUAUCAAUACCUGCAGCUGAAAAAUAUGAUAUUGCCCAGAGUACUGCAGAAGUUGUUCAUUCAAAAGAAUGUAAGGAUAAUAGUGUGGUUCCAGAGGAAGUUAGCGUUCAACCUUCAGAGACUGCCAUUGAUACUCAACAGUCUGAUGUGACAAUGGCAGAGGAGGAUGUUCCAGUUAUUGCACAGGAAGAGGAUGAAUUGAAGAAAGAAUCCGUUUCUGAAGAUCAUGAAGAAAAGUCAGUGGAAGAGCACAAAGAACUAGAAAUUCUUUCUAUACAGCCACCUGAACAUGAAGAAAAGUCAGCAGAAGAACACAGAGAACUAGAAAUUAUUUCUACACAACCACCUGAACUUGAAGAAAAGUCAGUGGAAGAACACACAGAACUAGAAAUUUCUACACAACCACCUGAACAUGUAGAAAAGUCAGUGGUAGAACGCACAGAACUAGAAAUUUCUACACAACCACCUGAACAUGUAGAAAAGUCAGUGGUAGAACACACAGAACUAGAAAUUCUUUCCACACAUCCACCUGAACUUGAAGAGAAGUCAGUGGAAGAACACACAGAACCAGAUAUGUUUUCUACAAAACCACCUAACCAUAAGGAAAAGUCAGUGGUAGAACACACAAAACUAGAAAUUAUUUUUACACAACCACCUAAACAUGUAAAAAAGUCAGUGGUAGAACACACACAACUAGAAAUUCUUUCUACACAUCCACAUGAACUUGAAGAAAAGUCAGUGGAAGAACACACAGAACCAGAAAUUCUUUCUACGCAACCACCUGAACAUGUAGAAAAGUCAGUGGAAGAACACACAGAACCAGAAAUUCUUUCUACGCAACCACCUGAACAUGUAGAAAAGUCAGUGGAAGAACACACAGAACCAGAAAUUCUUUCUACACAACCACCUGAACUUGAAGAAAAGUCAGUGGAAGAACACACAGAACCAGAAAUUCUUUCUACACAACCACCUGAACUUGAAGAAAAGUCAGUGGAAGAACACACAGAACCAGAAAUUAUUUCUACACAACCACCUGAACUUGAAGAAAAGUCAGUGGAAGAACACACAGAACCAGAAAUUCUUUUUACACAACCACCUGAACUUGAAAAGUCAGUGGAAGAACACACAGAACCAGAAAUUCUUUCUACACAACCACCUGAACAUGUAGAAAAGUCAGUGGAAGAACACACAGAACCAGAAAUUCUUUCUACACAACCACCUGAACAUGUAGAAAAGUCAGUGGAAGAACACACAGAACCAGAAAUUCUUUCUACACAACCACCUGAACAUGUAGAAAAGUCAGUGGAAGAACACACAGAACCAGAAAUUCUUUCUACACAACCACCUGAACAUGUAGAAAAGUCAGUGGAAGAACACACAGAACCAGAAAUUCUUUCUACACAACCACCUGAACAUGUAGAAAAGUCAGUGGAAGAACACACAGAACCAGAAAUUCUUUCUACACAACCACCUGAACAUGUAGAAAAGUCAGUGGAAGAACACACAGAACCAGAAAUUCUUUCUACACAACCACCUGAACAUGUAGAAAAGUCAGUGGAAGAACACACAGAACCAGAAAUUCUUUCUACACAACCACCUAAACAUGUAGAAAAGUCAGUGGAAGAACACACAGAACCAGAAAUUCUUUCUACACAACCACCUAAACAUGUAGAAAAGUCAGUGGAAGAACACACAGAACCAGAAAUUCUUUCUACACAACCACCUAAACAUGUAGAAAAGUCAGUGGAAGAACACACAGAACCAGAAAUUCUUUCUACACAACCACAUGAACAUGAAGAAAAGUCAGUGGAAGAACACACAAAACUAGACACUCUUUCUACACAACCACCUGAACAUGAAGAAAAGUCAGUGGAAGAACACACACAACUAGAAAUUCUUUCUACACAACCACCUGAACAUAAUGUGGAAGAACCCGAAGUAACCCAGUUACCCUCACCACCCCCAAAUGAGGUUGAUAGCAAAUGUGUUAUGCAAGCCACAAAAGAAGAUGAAAAUCAAAGUACACAAACUAAUGAGGGUGAGGAACAAACUGUCUCAGUGGCACAAUCAGAGCUAAAGCAGCAACAGGUAGAAUGCCUUAUAGAUGUAGCUAUUGCGACAGACCAGAGCAAUGAAGUUGAUAUAUCAGAAAAAACAGAACCUCAAAAGGAAGAUGAACCAGUUAAAUCAAACAAUGAUGAAUCACCUGUUCAUCAUACAAUGGAUGAAGUGCUGCCCAAUAAAGAGCAGUACCAUGAAGUAGAAGAAGAUUCUCCUGAACCAGUAGAUAUUGCAAAGAAGGCCACUGUGGUAGAAUUCCGACGAAGUAGGACCUCUUCUUCUUCUUCAUCCUCCUCCUCUUCAUCUUCUUCAUCGUCAUUUUCUUCCUCAUCCCGCUCAUCACGUUCUUCUACAGAGAAGUCAUCCCGUUCUAGAUGUAGCUCCCAUUCUAAGUCCUCAUCACCAGAAAGGCAAGAUCAGAAGUCACAGUCCUCAAGGUCUUCAACUCCUCACAGUGACAAGGAUCAAUUGUGUAGUGAGAGAUCUGAGGCCGAAUGCGUUGCAGCCAUGUCUUCUGAAGUCUUGCCUUUGAAAACAUCACAGCCCCCACCAAGUACCUCUUCACCUCCUCCACAAACUACAGUGCGGCUGCAGAGAGAGGCCUUUAACCAAGGACACAGUCCUUCCCCUCCAGGCCGUGGAGAACGACGUAGGCCGCAUGCUACAUAUGAUGAAGAAGAGCAAAGUAAGAGAAUAAGAUUAGAUCCACAGCCUGAGGAUCAGGACCAAAACAGUCCUGUCCCUGGGGAGCAGGAGGUGGAAGAGGAACACAGCCCAGGAGACAACAAUGUUGCACCAGAGAGCGGGACCAUGGACACCUGCAGAAAGCCACCCAGAGGGUGAGGUCCAAGAGGCUGCGCCAUCCCAACCCCAGGAAGAGGACUGCGACGCCAACGAGAAGAAAGAGACACCUGUCCCAUGGCCCCAGCGCUGCCACCAAAACCCUGCUGGACUUCCAGGCACUGCAGCACCCAGGCAGCCCCGGGGGUGCCGAACAGACACUGCUAAGAGCAUAAAGAAAGGAGGGCUGGGUGAGAUGCUUACUCCUACCAGCAUGUCCCCAUGUGAGACGAAAUUGAAAGUGCAAAAUUGUCUAAUCAAAGUGACUGCCACUCCUUCCAGGUGGAAAGACUGUCCUGACCAAGUGUUUGUAAUUAUGAGGUGGCUUACAUAGACUCCUUUGCAUCCUGAAAUGUAAUAUGUUGUGUGUGUGGUCCCUCUGGUUUCUACAAGAAGCUGCUACAACAUGAAAGAUGCUGAAAACCUUCUGAAGGACUUGUAAUCCAUACCUUCAACAGUAUGCCAAGUCUGGAGACCAUACUUCUACAAAAGCUACUUCCUUCACACUGAGGGGGCCACCAUCUGCACCCUAAAGACUGGCAAACGCUUUUACAUUGACCACAGUUUGUUACUUUUUUACUAAAAAAAAGAAGGGGGGGAAAGACUUUGCAAAAGCACAUUCUGGAGUUUCCUCAGGCCUUUGGGACUGUGAUCAAGCUAUGUAGUGACUGAUAUAUGCUCAAUAACGGAGAUUGGUGACCCUGUUUCCAGCUGUGUUCAUUGAUACUACAGACCUGAGGUUUGGUCGGGGUCAUACCACUCAAACUGCACCCGUCUGCAGGAACAAAAUAUGGACUAAUAUAAAGCCUGAUGAAGGGUCCUCUUAUAAGCUUAUGCUCCAUUUGAACUUUUCACCAAACCAGACUUUUAAAGCCAUCUUUGCCAUGGAUUUAAGGGCUCAGGCCCCUUCUCACCCACCCUCCUCACCGUUCACCUUCCCACCUCACCCUCCAAAAAUACACGACUAAACCAA